AUGGAUCCAAAAGAUCACAAAGGCGAUGACUUCAUCGACGACACGCUUCAUGAUGUCGCUGAAGGAGAAACAGCCCGUGUCGUUGAUCGCAUCGCCGAACGUCAACUCUGUCGCAAGUUUGACGUUCGCUUGAUGCCUGUCUUAGCUAUCAUGUAUUUAUUCAAUGCUUUAGAUAAAGGCAACCUUGGAAACGCCCAAACAGCUGGAUUGAGCGACAAUCUCAACUUCCAGCCAGGACAGUACAACCUCUUGGUAUCAAUCUUCUUCGUCCCUUAUGUUGUUUUUGCUCCACCGACCGCAAUCAUUGGCAAGAAGUACGGCCCUGCUAGAGUUCUUCCAAUUCUGAUGUUCACGUUUGGUUCCAUGACUCUUUUGGCUGCUUGUGUCCAGAACUUUGGAGGUCUUUUCGCCCUUCGAUUCUUUUUGGGUGUCGCAGAAUCAGGCUUUUUCCCGCUUGUGAUUUACUAUCUCACAACAUUUUACAGGCGUGGAGAGUUAGCACGUCGUCUAGCUGUCUUUUACGCGGCUUCCAACAUCGCUAAUGCCUUUAGCGGACUCUUAUCAUUUGGAGUCUUCCAGAUCGAGUCCAAGAUGUUUGUAUGGCGUUAUCUGUUCAUCAUGGAAGGUGCAGCAUCCGUCCUCUUCUCCAUAUUUGCCUUUUGGUAUCUUCCGCUAUCAGCUGGUGAAGCGAAAUUUCUUGGUGAAGAAGAAAAAGCAUUGGCAUUUCACCGAAUGCAGGUCGAUUCAUCUUCAAUUGUGCAGGAAAAGUUCAAUUUCAAGGACUCGAUCAAGAUCUUCAAACAACCAACCACGUAUUGUUUCCUCUUGAUUGAGAUUUGCCUCGGUGUACCGAUCCAGUCCGUCGCGCUCUUCAUGCCGCAAAUUAUUCAGCGUCUCGGGUAUGGGACUAUCAAGACCAAUCUUUACACUGUUGCUCCCAAUGUUGGCGGUGCAGUCAUGUUACUCAUCCUGGCCUUUAGCUCCGAUUUUCUGCGCAUUCGUUUCCCCUUCAUCAUGCUCGGAUUUGCCUUUACCUUUGUCGGCUUCAUCAUCUAUGCUGCAAUCUCCGACGUUCAAGCCCAGUUACAGCUGGCUUACUUCGCAUGCUUCAUGAUGGUUUGGGGCACUUCUGCACCAUCUGUCCUCUUAUCAACUUGGUACAACAAUAAUACGGCUCACGAGGGCCAGCGAUUAGUGCUCACGUCAGUGGGCGUCCCAUUAGCAAACUUGAUGGGUCUCGUAUCAAGCAACAUUUUCCGCGAGAGCGAAAAGCCCAAAUACCCGACUGCUCUUAUCACAACAGCCUGCUUUGGAGCUUGCGGUUGUCUCAUAGCGGGUCUUUUGGGUGGGUUUAUGAUGCUUGAUAACAUGCGAAGAAAUCGCAAAGCGGGGACUAAGACUACGGCUGCUGAUGUGCCCACUCAAUAUUUGCGCGAUGGUCCAUCUGUCCCCGAAUUUCGCUGGUUCCUGUGA